GGAGGCAGCCAGAAGCACAGAGACACAGAGAGAGGAAGAGUGUGUGUGAGUGAGUGUGUGUGCAUGUAUGUGUGAAAACACUGCGCAUGUGUGACUGAGAGAUGCACUGACUGGAGCAGACGGACGAGGAGAAAGAGCAGUAAUGAACAGCAGCUGAGGCAAGAGGAGAGAUAACAGGAGCAGAAGGAGGAGAGAGGUUUUACCUGAAGACCAGCAGAAAGAGAGAACUGGGAGUCAGCGCAGAAGCUCAGCAGAGAAGAAGCUGUGAAACCUGAAAGAAGAGGAAAACAGGGGAUGGAGAGAGAGAUACCAGAGGGUCAGUCACAGCUCGGAGGAGAAGGAGGGUUGGCAGAGUGAAGGACAAAGGUACCAGAGAGGAGACGAGGGAUGCGGAGGUCGAUGAAAGCAGCCCGAGACAUGAUGUGCUUCCUCCAUCUUACAUCUCCUCCAUCUCUUCCUCCCCUCGCUGCUGCUCAUUGUUCAUCCUUGUAGAAGCAAACAGGACAGGAGAGAGCAUCCUCCCUCUGGACAAAGCAGCUUGGUUGAUCUUCACAGAGACAUCUCAGCAAAAAAAGCUGGACCGAGAGCGAGGAAGGCGAGAAAGGGCGAGAACAAGACGAGUGACAGACAGGUAGAUGGACCAAAGGAAACACGUUAUGGAUCUGAGGAAAAGGGAGACAAGCACAGAGGCGUCCUAACUGUUAUCACUCUCUCUGCUCGGUUUGGGAGGACUGUCUGAAAGUCCAAAUACAAACCCCUUCACUCCCACCUCUGAGGAAUUCAGGAGCCUUGGAGUUUGAAGGAGUCAUUCCUGGAGCAUUAUAAAAGGACCUCCUCCCUCCUUCUUAUCAACAAGCCACUGACAGGGUCUCACAGGGUCACCUGACCACACCGGACCAAGAGCAGAGAGAAAGACUGAAGCUUACUCUUUCUUUCUCACGCACUCAAGUCAAUGUGUAACACACCCGCAGCCAAAAACAGGAAGUUAAGCUUGAGCGAGAAACACAUUUAAAGUCUCAUUUGACAAGGGAAGAGUUUCCCUUAACAGGCCACAGGAUAUAGUUUCAGACAAUACCUCCUGGACCUUUUCUGAACUGCCUGUAAUCAACCCCCAAACCACUCUGUGAAUGCAGAAAUCCACCAACCUGUACUGUAUGUAUAUAUGUGAGCAUUUGCGUGCAUUUGAGAUUAUUUAUAUUAUAUCUUUGUGCUAAAGUAACGGUCUUCUUAUAUGAAUAUACAUUUCAGCAGGUAGCCAUCAAAGACAGCACAGGAAACAUCAGCAUAACUGGGUUAAACAACAAAAAACUACCUUCAAGUAGUCAACACUGGUCGGAAAGUGUAAGCUGGACUGUUAAACCAUCUGUUCACAUUAGCUUCAGUUUGCAGUGCUCUGGCUGAGCUCCUCUAUCUGUCUCGUCCUCAUAAAGACUCAGGCUGACAACAGCGCCCACCAGGGGGGGAUCUCUUGAGGGAAACAUGGAGGCAACCAUCCGUCCCCAUGUUCCCUCCAAUGGCUGACUUUAGAGAAAGAGUCCAAUCUUUUUCCCCUUGUGCAGAACCAGGCAGGGGUGUCUGAUUAGAGCCACAGCCCCUCUCUCUUCCACCUCCAAAAACGUGCGAAUGUCCUGCCUCAGGCGUCAGCCCGUCACCAUCCCCAUGGACACCGUCAAGAUCAUCCAGUCGGAGAAGUUCCCCAGAGAGUGCCCUGUGCCCGUCACCCAGCCGCGCUAUGCCCCGCCCCCCAGAGUGGCGUGGGACGGCGGAGGCGAGGGCGAGAUCAUCGUCAACCAGGCCUGCAGCGACCUGACGCUGGACAUAUCCGGCUCCCCCAGGCCCAUGGUGUCUCCGCCGGCCCCGAUGACUCGCAGGGAGCAGAGCUUCCUGGCGCAGCGCAAAACCAGUGCCAACGAAAUCUGCUACCACCAGUUCCACUACAAGAUGGAGGACGUCAUAGUCAACCAGUACGUGCUGCGCUCCUCCUCCACCUCCUCGUCCACGUCCUCCUCCUCCUCCUCGGGGCCCGUCAUGCCCUGCGAGCCCCUGGACUGCCCCACCUGCGGCCACACCUACAACUUCGCCGGGAAGCGUCCGCGCAUCCUCUCCUGCCUGCACUCGGUGUGCGAGGAAUGCCUGCAGAUCCUCUACGAGUCCUGUCCCAAGUACAAGUUCAUCUCCUGCCCCACGUGCCGGCGCGAGACGGUGCUGUUCACUGACUAUGGCCUGGCUGCUCUGGCCAUCAACACCAGCAUCCUGAGCCGCUUGCCCUCCGACCCCAACGGGCCCGUGCAGUGGGGGGGGGACGCCGACCGCAGCUGCUACCAGACUGUGCGUCAAUACUGCCAGUCAGCCUGCACCUGCCAGAUCGCCAACCCCUUGUCCUCCUGUGGCAUCAUGUAGACAAGGGGGCCACUGCAGGCAUGACUCCACGCUGCUCCCCACCACCACCUCCACCACCACUCUUUACAUACUAUAAGCUCUACCCUCUCUGCCAACCCCCUCUCUCUCUCUCACAUGCAGUAAAUAAAAUCCUCCAUAGAUGUUAUCUCUAUAUAUUUAAUAGCACAGACUGAUGCUGUGUGGGACUAAUGGAUGCUGGUGGUUCAAUAAAUAGUAAAUAAAUGUAUUUUAUGUAUGGACUGGAAUCCUAUUCACCUUCUCUCGUUUGGUUGGACGUGUUUGUCAUUGACAUCUCUUUACAUGGGAAUGCCAGGGGAGGUCUAUCCGCUCCCCCCCAAACUAGGUGAAUAAAGAUUAAAUAAAUGCGAAAGUA